UUAAUUAUCAUAUUUUUCUUUGUCUCCUCGUAAUAUGGCCAACUAGAGUUAGACCAAAGCUGAUCAGUAACUAGAGAGCUACAGAGAGAGAAUAUUAAUGGAAGGUGAAAUAAACAACUUGGUGAUGGUGUGGAUAACUGUGGUGGCAUCACUCUGUUACUGUCACACAAUCGGUAACAUUAUCACGUCAGGCACAACCAGGCUCAUACCAAUCCUCCCUGUCAUACUUGUCUUCUUGGUUUUGCCUCUAAAUCUAAGGACCAUCUUUCUGGGAGGAACAAUUUCAUUCUUCGUGGCUUGGCUAGCCAACUUCAAACUUCUACUCUUUGCCUACGGUAAAGGCCCUCUUUCCUCUAAUAAUCCACUACUACCACUCCCUUUGUUUCAUUUCAUCACCUUAGCUUCCUUCCCAAUCAAAAUUCUAGAUAACCCAAUAAAUAAACAAAAGAAAUCUCUCACAAACUAUGCCAUCAAGGCACUCAUAUUCUCUACCAUCAUACCAGUUCAGCAAAACAAAUCUUAUAUAAUUUACCCAAAAGUUUUCUUGUCUAUCUACUUCAUUUACAUCUACACCUUUCUAGAGAUCAUGCUAGCCACGGUGGCAGCUUUGGUCCGAGCCACGCUCGGGGUUGAGCUGGAGCCACAUUUUGAAGAGCCGUACCUUUCCACAUCGCUACAAGACUUCUGGGGGAGGAGAUGGAAUCUCAUGGCCAGUGACAGCCUACGUUCCACGGUGUACAUUCCAGUUCGGACCAUCAUGAGCCGUUGGAUCGGGAGGAAGUGGGCCCCAGUCCCCGCGGUGAUCCCGACUUUUAUGGUGUCUGGGAUCAUACACGAGUUUAUUUUCUACAAUUUGGGAAGAUCAAAGCCUACGUGGGAAGUAACGUUGUUUUUCGUUGUGCAUGGAAUCUGUUUGGCUGCUGAGAUUGCCGUUAAGAAGGCCAUUAACAGGAAGUGGCGGCUGCCUCCGUUGGUGACGGGGUCCAUGGCGCUGGCGUUUGUCAUGACUACUGUCUUGUGGCUCUUCAUGCCGGAUCUUAUGAGAUUAGAAAUCGAUGUAAAGGCCCAUAGAGAGAUGAUAGAGUUUCUUGAAUCAAUCAAAAUGACUCGAUAUUAAAUAGGAUCAAUAACAGUGUAUCAUUGUGCUUGACAGCGACUUAGCAUUCCUCAAAUUAAGAAUUCCUCUAUAAAGAACUAUAUAAUCUUUAAGUGUUGAAGAGAAAAAAAUGUUAUAAUUAUAUCUACGUAUGAUAUGUAAUUUAACUUAAGAAUCAUUGUUUGUUCUUCCAAGAUGCAUCUUAUAAGUACUUAUUGUCAU